AUGAUCCGCGAAAGACCACGGCGGAGGCUCGAGGAGAGCUGGACGGUGUGGAGGUCUGCCUGCUGGAGGAACGCCUCCAGCGCUUCCACCAGCAGGCUUAGGCUCCUCACCGGCGGUAAGUACAGCAUCAGCGGCGCCGCCGAGAAGGCCACGGCUAAGAACAGCUGCAACAUAAUCCUCUCCACCUCUCUCUCUCUCUCUUCCCUCUAUGGAAACCCUAGCCAGAACUGA